AGGCUAAUCAUGUUUUGGGUGUACUAUUCCUUUAAAAGCAAGCUUACAGAUAAAAGGUGAUUAUAAAUGCAUACACACAGCUGUAUACAUUGUAACAUUAUACAGAUAUAUUUAUAUACAAUUACUCAAACACUUCAGGAGGACAGAAAACAGAUAUAUUAUAAUGGUGAUCCUCUUUGAGCUUCACAUAAAAACAAAAUAAUAAAGGGGAAAAAGUUCAGGUAAGCGAAGCACAUUUUCACAUUUCUUUCAAUAUAGUUUUUAUGUUUUUAAUAUAGACAUAUGAGCAUCUGUUUUGGUUUGAGAUCCUACAUAGUCUUUGCUCUAUUGAAUGCGCCGGUUCUUUUUAUUUUUUCAUUUUGAUAACUUUUCAGAAUCUAUCCAAGUCAAAUGUGGGAAAUUCUUUCAAUUUGUGUGGGAUAGAGUUGCAGUCUCUAUACAGUCAUUGUGACAUGGAAAAAAAUCGGAUCGCUGUUUGAAAAGUGGUAUUGAACCGGUGUGUUAAGCCCUUAGGACUGACAAAGCUUUUCCAUGGAUUUUUGAGGGGGCUGUAUAAUGUAUGUUAGACAUGCUGUUAAUAAAAGUUGUACCUUUGAAGAGAUGACGUUUAAUUUCCUACAAUGGUAAAAUUAAAUGAUGAUCUCUGAGCGUCGUCUUGGGAAAGAUUUUUAAAAUUUAAGUCUUAAGAAAACGGAAGCUAUAAGACUCCAAAAGAUAUUACCUUGCACAAGCCUGGUGACCGGUGGGAUUUUGUAUGUUUUUUUUUUUUUUAAUAAAUGAAAAAGCAAAUAUCCUGCUAAUGUAGGAUCUUUUGUCUGUGUGUCUUUUUUUUUUUUAAGGUGGUGUGUGUUUCAGAAGAGUCUGGCGUGUCUCCAGACACAUCUAAAACAGCAGGAGCCAUUUGCAAAAUGGAUCAAGGGAAGCCCAAAACAUGCACCCCUGUUGUCAGAAGCGACAAAGCUGGGAAACAUCAUAGCUCUUCAAGUCCUCAAAGCACACAAAAAAAAUGCAAACCUGACCUUUCCGGAAAAAAAGCAGCCAAAUCUGAAGUGGGAGGGGAUUUACCAAACACAUUUAACUGUACAACAACUUCUAACAGGCCGUCAGAAAUCACUUCCCCCACAACAUCCAUACCACCAAGCAGUAAAAGCUUCACACCUUCAGACGAGAACAGGACACUGCAAGUUUCCUCAGACACAAGAUCUGCAGCGACACAUAAACCUGAACAUCCUCCUAAAUGUGCCAAUACAGAAUCCAAAGCCCCACCAUCACCAGACCUUAAGAAAACAUCUUCUGCUGCUUCUAAUGCAGCUAAACCACAAAUCAAAAGCAUAAACACUGGACAAUCUAUGAAGGCGUCAAUAGGGAGAAACCCAGAUAAUGAAACGGCUGUUCGGAAGAGGAAACUCGCUACCGUUCCUCACCAGAACCCUGAAGAGAUCAAGAAGCCCCAGAAAGAAUCAAAUCUCCCUAAAGUUGGGUUAAAUCAGCUGGUUUUGGUUUCCUGUGAAAAGAAACAACAGGUCUACUGUCUGCUGUGUUCAGACAAACUGAAUUCAUCGAGUGCUUAUCAUCUGACCAGCCGUGUCCACCAGUUCAAAUACGUGAAAAUGAAGUAUCCUGAAUGGUCAGUGAAGGAGCUGGAGAAACAGUUAAUUCAGACCGUUACUCUGUUGGCUGAAGUGGAGAAAAAACUGCCUCAAACUCGGAGCAUUCAG